AUGAGCAAACUCAGGACACUAAAUAGACAAUUCAUAUCAAAUAUAGAAACGCACAAGGCCGUAACUGAUGCCAAAAGGAACCUAAUAUUGUCAAUUUUGAAAUCGACCACGACAAAACGAGAGGCUAAAAAUUAUCUUACAAAGUACCAAAACCAAUUUGAUUUCAGUGAUUUGGAUUUUGCCAAUAAUGAGAUAGUUCCGUUAAACAAGAGGGAAAAUCAACGGGAAUUAUUUAUAAAACGAUUUUUGAAUCGCCAGAACCCGUUUAUCAAUAUUUAUGAUGAGGAUGAAAGACUAUUGAAGAAGAUUCCUUUGCGAUUGGCCAUUUUCAAGAUAAAGUUUACCGGGAUAGCCAAUCAACAAUGGUUGGGCAUAGCGGAGACGUUCAAAAGGUUGAUCACCUUGGGCAUUUCACCCAUAAUUUUACUCGACUUUGACCACUUGCCCGAUAACUCUUUCAAGAAUAACGAAUUGUACAUUACUGACCAAUCAAAUAAGUUGUUGAGUCGUCUUGGAAAGCCGGAAGAGCAAGAUGACUUUCAAGUUACCAUCUUGAGGUCCUUGUUUACAGAAAAGAAUGGACAUCUUUCAAUUGAUAGCUUGGAGCAGAUAUUGAUCCCGUUAUACCAAGGUACAAUCCCCGUUCUUCAACCCAUCGCUUACAAUCUGGAUAUCAAUUCUCAAGAGUUUUUAAAGAGUGACUCUUUGUUAUUUGCCUUGUGUUCUGCCUUGGUUGAAAAGCGGACAACCAAUUUAUUGUCGAUUGAGAAGAUUGUAAUGAUUGAUUCAUUGGGUGGUAUCCCUUCCAUUGAACGAAACCAAACAAGCCAUGUGUUUAUUAAUUUGUCUCAGGAAUAUUCUGAUAUUUUAUCUGAGCUUUUCAUUGGGCAUAUCAACCCCAAGGUGCGCGACUUGCAUGUGGCCAAUUUGAAUAGCAUGAACAAUAUACUAAGUUUUAUUCGAGAUAGAUCAGAUAAUGACGAGACAACUGGUAUUAUCACUACUCCUGAAAUCAUGUCUAUCAAUAACGACCAGUUGAAUCCUAUUAUUUACAAUGUACUUACCGACCGGUCAAUAAUCUCGUCAUCGUUACCCAGUCUGAACAAGCGAACUCCACAAGUAUCAACGACGAUUAUCAAAAAGGGGGUAGAUGUGCAGAUACUUGAACAAGACAUAUAUGCUGGUGAGUUCACGAUGGAGAAUCUCUUUAAAGACAAACUAGUGGAUAAAGCAAAAUUGGUGGAGUUGUUGGACGAUUCGUUUGGGAAGACUCUCGAAGUUGACGAGUACUUUAAACGCAUUGACAAGAACUUGGCUACUUUCAUACUUGUUGGAAAUUAUGAUGGAGCUGCUAUACUAACCUGGGAGCAAAGCAAAGGUGGCAAGAUUGCAUAUUUAGACAAGUUUGCCAUAGCCAAGCGUAACCAAGGUCUCCCCGGCUUGGCCGAUAUAAUAUUCAAGAUAAUUUUACAAUCACAUCCACUGGAACUAAUUUGGCGAUCACGAAAAGUGAAUCCCGUUAAUAAAUGGUAUUUCGAACGAUGCUGCGGGUGCAUGAGCUCCCCUGAGUCGCAGUGGAAGAUAUUCUACACUGGUGACAUUUUCGAUAAAAGAAUUGAUCGAUUCAAGAGAAAAUCCAUCCCAGCUGGUGUUAUCAAUGUGGGAGAGAAAUUGAAGGAGUAUUCUGAAAUUUGUGAGAGUAUUCCGCCUUCUUUUAAAUAG